CGGUAACUCUGCCUGCCUGCCAGUGCCAGUAGGUGUAGCGCCACUGCACAACAGGGAUAUUUUCACUGUUUUGACCCGUCUGAUUAAGUUUAGCAUGAUUUGAGGGGUACGCGACGACGAUGAUGCUGACCUGACCUGACUCGUACAGUACUCCACUAGCAGAUGGUCAGUCCCAACAUCGAUCCAAACAAAUCAAGUCAGCUAGUGCAAAGCUUGCCACAUAGCUAAGGCGAUGGAGUCAAGCUUAGCUAUGGCGACGACGCCGCCGCCCCACCGGCCGCCGCUUGUGCUCUUAUCCCUGCUGCUGCUCCUCCUCCAUCCCUUCUUCUCCGCCGCAGCGCCGUCUAUCACCACCAAAGCCGUGCCGCGGCUGCCCGGUUUCAGCGGACCCCUGCCCUUCUCCCUCGAAACAGGGUACGUGGGGCUGGACGACGGCGCCCAACUCUUCUACUACUUCAUCCAGUCGGAGAACGACCCGGAGGAGGACCCCGUCCUUCUCUGGCUCACGGGCGGGCCCGGUUGCUCCGCCCUCUCAGGCCUCGCCUACGAGAUCGGCCCUUUCAACUUUGACUUCCAUGGCUACAUGGGAGGCCUGCCUACUCUGCUCUACCAGCCAUCGUCUUGGGCAAAGGUUAGCAACAUCAUCUUCGUGGAUUCUCCGGUAGGAACAGGCUUCUCAUAUGCGACCGGAGACAAGAGAACCAUACAAAGUGACACAAUUGUUGUUCAGCAGCUGCACAUUUUCCUUGAAACGUGGUUUGAUGAACAUCCGCAGUUCUUGCCAAAUCCACUCUAUAUUUCAGGUGAUUCAUAUAGCGGCUUAAUCAUACCUUCUCUUGCUAUGAAAAUUGCUAAAGGGAUAGAACUCGGCAAUGAGCGACUCAUUAAUCUCAAGGGUGUCAUUGCUGGCAAUCCAUUAACCGAUAACACGACGACCUUCAACGCUCGAGUUCCAUUUCUUCAUGGGAUGGGAAUUAUACCAGAUGAACUCUACGAGGCUGCUCGUGAAAGCUGCGGGGGGGAAUACCGUUGGGCAUCGAACGCCCACUGUGCCGAUUCCCUCCAAGCCAUCCAAGAGUGCAUGAGGGGUUUAAACACUGUACACGUCUUGGAGCCAGCGUGUGAAGAAUAUCCAAGCCUCACCAUUCACAAGCAGCAGCCGUUGCAAGACCAUGGGAGGAAAAUGCUAACAGAGUCCGCAUUUUCGUCCGUGUGCAGGAAUGCCACAUACUUCCUAUCCGAGUUAUGGACAAAUGACGAAGCUGUAAGGGAGAGUCUGGGUAUUCACAAGGGAACAGUUCCAUCAUGGCUACGAUGUGAUGUCAAUCUACCUUACACACAUGAAAUCACCAGCGCGGUAGAUGAUCAUGCAGCCCUGAUUACUAGAGGAUACCGGGCUAUGAUAUAUAGUGGAGACCAUGACCCUAAAGUAUCUUAUGUUGACACCCAAGCAUGGAUCAGACGACUUAAGCUGCCCAUCACAGAUCCUUGGCGACCAUGGCAUGUGGACGACCAAAUCGUGGGAUACACAAGAACUUUCUCUAACAAUCUGACAUACGCAACUGUAAAGGGUGCCGGACACACAGCCCCAGAGUACAUGCCAAGGGAGUGUCUUGCUAUGAUCGAUAGAUGGCUUUCCGGUGAGCCUCUCUGAGCAGUCAACUAACGUUGCGCCACAUGCGAAGGUUGAACUAGGAUUAUUUCAAAACUGCGACACCUAUUAUGGAUCGAAAGUAGUAAUAGAUAAGAGAAUACAUAUGUAAGAUGAAAGAUGUCGUUGUAUAUGUGUGUUGUAUUGAGGCUUUCUAUUGAUCUUAAUUAAGCUUGUGGAGGGACUGGCUUGAGAAUUCCGGUGAAAAUAAAUAAGCUCCUAUGCGGAAAAGCUCUCGAAUA